AUGGCGCCUGUGACAAAGCUUCAGUUGUUCUCUUUCCAGAAAUACCAACAGUUCUGUUUCAAGGAACAACAACGGAACAGCUGGCUUAAAGUUAAACGUGGUUGUUUUGUAAGGUUGCCCAGUCCAACUAGAAGCCGUCAUGGAGGCGCUGAAGCUGCAAAAGGGAGAUUGGUUUUGGAAAUCUUUGAAAUCUGCUGUUUCGGGGUUAGUAAAUUUGGCUCUCAAUCGCAAGAUGAAUAUGAAAAUGCCGUGGCUAAAGUUGAUGAAGUUUUCUCCUCGAUUGCUAUGCAACUAGGAAGAUAUAUUGUGACCAUGAUGAGCACCGGAGUGAUUCUCUUUACUGGUUUUCAGUUGUCAGGUGGAGACAAUAAGAUGAAUGCAUUGAUUUGGUACAGCUGGGUGGGAGGGAUUAUCAUUGGAACCAUGAUUGGAGCUGAUAUGGUUCUAGAUGAACACUGUCGAGCUGGUCCGAGAAAUGUUGUUAUAACUGGAAGCACAAGGGGAUUGGGAAAAGCUCUUGCUCGAGAAUUUCUUCUUUCAGGAGAUCGUGUUGUUGCUGCUUCUCGCAGUCCUGAAUCUGUUGAUACAACUGUCAAAGAACUCGAGGAGAACCUGAAGGAAGGUAUGGUCGCUGGUGGCUCAUCUAGCAAGAAUCUGGUACAAGAAAAAGUGGUUGGCAUAGCAUGUGAUGUUUGUGAAGCCGCUGAUGUCGAAAAAUUGGCCAACUUUGCCAUCACCGAACUUGGUUCUGUUGACAUUUGGAUAAAUAACGCUGGCACUAACAAAGGUUUUAGACCAUUACUACAGUUCAGUGAUGAAGAUAUUAAACAUAUUGUUUCAACGAAUCUUGUCGGUUCUAUUCUCUGCACUCGGGAAGCCAUGCGUAUCAUGGAAAACCAGCCCAAGGGGCGACACAUAUUUAACAUGGAUGGUGCAGAUUCUGGUGGAUCUAGCACUCCUUUGACCGCUGUAUAUGGGUCAACCAAGUGUGGUCUUAGACAGCUUAAUGCAUCACUUUUGAAGGAUUGCAAACGUUUUAAAGUAGGAAUCCAUACGGCAUCUCCGGGCAUGGUCCUUACAGAUCUACUCUUAAGUGGCUCAACCUUAAAGAACAAACAAAUGUUUAACAUCAUUUGUGAGCUUCCCGAGACCGUUGCUAGACGUCUAGUUCCACGAAUGCGGGUUGUGAAGGGAACAGGAAAGGCCAUCAACUACUUGACCCCACCUCGGAUACUAUUGGCUUUAAUAACUGCCUGGCUUCGACAAGGUCGCUGGUUCGAUGAAGAGGGUAGGGCACUAUAUGCGGCAGAGGCAGACCGAAUCAGGAACUGGGCUGAAGACCGUACUCGGUUCCCAUUUACAGAUGCAAUGGAAAUAUACACACAAAACACUUGGCUGUCAGUGUUCUCACUUUCAGUUGUUUGUGCUUUCAUCAUCCUUUCUAGCAGCAGCAGCACAUUACCCGGCACCUGAGACUUUACCAUCAGAGACUACAUUCAUAUACGAGUCAAGUUUGAUGCCUGUGAUUAUGCAACUCACAUAUCAUACCAUUCUAAACUCUAAACCACCCAUUCCGUGGUUGCUUUGCUCCUCUCACAAUUUGCUCCUAGUGGGUGUAAAAUCCAUGA